CAGUACAAUGCGAUUCCUGAAAAGGCUGACACGUCGAUUUCCCGCAACCUUUCGGCGAGGAAAACUCCAUUCCCAACUGGUGAUGAUUUGUGCUUUCGGGAACAUUUUCCUCAACAUACUUUACGGCGUUUAUAUCGGGCGCUUUUCCUUCAGGCGCAAAAAGUUUGUGUUUUCCAAAGGGGUUGCUAUUUAUGGGUUAUGUGUGGCCACGUUAUUUGCACUGUUCUACAUCUGGAAUAUUUACCACGAAAUUUCCACCAGCCAGAUCAAUCUUCGAGACACUAUUGGAAUAUAUUGCUAUAUGAACGUCGGCAUUUGCCUGUUUAAUUAUGUGACACAGUGGGAAAAAUCAUUGAAAUUAAUUCGAUUCCAGAACAGUAUUCCUCUUUUUAAGGUCCUUGAUUCACUGGACAUUUCGGCAAUAAUUGUGUGGCGGGCAUUUAUGUACAGCUUACUCAAGAUGUUGUUCUGUCCCCUUAUCGCCUAUAUAACCCUGAUUCUAUAUCAAAGGCGGUUGCAUCCGGAAUAUCACUGGACGAGUUUAAGGACGGCGAAGACCAUGUUGCCGCUGAUUGUAUCGAACCAGAUAAAUAACUGCUUCUUCGGCGGCCUGGUAAUUGCAAAUUUGGUAGUUGCUGCGCUAAAUCGAAAGUUGCACGGUACUGUUAAGGAGGCCAAUGUGCUGCAGUCACCCAGCCAGAUGAAUCUCCAUAAGCCCUAUUACCGUAUGCGUCGCUUCUGCGAGCUAGCCGAUCUUUUGGAUGAGUUGGCCGAGAAAUACGCCGUCACUGCCGAAUGCUCAAAGAGAUUCCUUCGAUUCACGGACUGGUCCAUGGUGCUAUCGCUGCUAAUGAACCUUCUAGGCAUCACCAUGGGAUGCUACAACCAGUAUUUGGCCAUUGCGGAUCACUACAUCAACGAGGAGCCUUUCGAUCUCUUCCAGGCCAUUGUUUUGCUGGUUUUUCUGGCUGUGCCCUUCUUGGAACUCGUCAUGGUGGCUCGGAUAAGUAACCAAACUCUCAUGGAGACCAGAAGAACUGGAGAACUCUUGCAGAGAUUCGAUCUGCAGCACGCCGAUGCGCGUUUCAAGCAAGUGGUGAAUGCCUUCUGGCUCAAGGUCGUCACCAUCGACUAUAAGCUAAUGCCACUGGGCCUCUUGGAGCUGAACACCUCGCUGGUCAAUAAGGUUUUCUCGUCAGUCACUGGUAGCCUCCUGAUUCUCAUUCAAAGUGACUUGACCCUAAGGUUUUCUCUAAAAUAAUAUGGUUUGCUUGA